UCCUCAACACUUAAACCAACUAACACCGGCACCAAACCCACUUUAGUCACCUAUUUCUAGUCAUGUCCUUGCACUUAAAGAAAAGAAAAGCCACCGUGCAAUAAUUCUAUAUUGAAUCAGCUACAGCUAAAGUUGGGUGAUGGGAUUGUAGCAGGUUGUUAAAAGCCGGCCCUCAACUUCCAUUUCUUCUCAUGCUUCACAAUCUCCCUCCAUUUUCUUCUCAUAGUUGAUCGUAGUUUUUUAUAACUAUAGAAGUGGCGAACCAAAUUAAGGGUCAUUGAAGGAAGGUGCAAGCCGGGGGAGAGAAGGCCCUAGCAGAGAAAAUGAGCACAGCAAGAUUUAUCAAGUGUGUCACUGUUGGGGAUGGAGCGGUGGGAAAGACUUGCAUGCUUAUUUCAUAUACUAGCAACACUUUUCCAACGGAUUAUGUUCCAACAGUAUUUGACAACUUUAGUGCCAAUGUGGUGGUGGAUGGCAGCACAGUGAACCUUGGCCUAUGGGACACUGCCGGACAGGAAGAUUACAAUAGGCUAAGACCUUUGAGUUAUAGAGGAGCUGAUGUGUUUUUGCUGGCCUUUUCCCUGAUUAGCAAGGCCAGUUAUGAAAAUAUCUACAAAAAGUGGAUCUCCGAGCUAAGACAUUAUGCUCCUAAUGUGCCAAUUGUGCUUGUUGGAACCAAACUAGAUUUGCGAGAUGACAAGCAGUUCUUGAGUGAUCACCCAGGAGCAACAGCAAUAACGACUUCUCAGGGAGAGGAACUAAAGAAAAUGAUAGGAGCUGUUACUUACAUCGAAUGCAGUUCCAAAACCCAACAGAAUGUGAAGGCUGUUUUUGAUGCUGCAAUAAAGGUAGCUUUGAGGCCACCAAAACCAAAGAGAAAGCCUUGUAAGAGAAGAUCAUGUGCUUUCCUUUGAAUCUCAAUCAGCAUUACAGUCAAAUACUUAUUAAAAACUGUUUGCAGAUAAAUACUACUAUCUGCUAUACCUUUUAUCAUUAUUUUUUGCAUAAAUUCCAUGUGAAGGUAUGAAAGAUCUCUAAGAGCAGAUUAGAGAUCUCUUAAACGAGUCAAACUAUAUAUAAUGCUAUCUAUUAUUGAACGAGUUCACUUUUUUUGCUGUGUAAGUUCUUUUUAAUUAUCCAACUUGUCAUAGCUAGCUUUUCAAAUGCCAGAGCCUCAUUACAAUUUUCUGGGUUACAAUUUAGAACAUUUGCUUGCUUUCACAGUGGAGUACUCCAACUGUGUUCAAGCGGUUGUUGGUCUGCCUGAACAUUAUUUCAGCUCCAAUGAUGCUGGAAUGUUUUCCUAAUUAAAAAACAAUGACAAUCAAUGCUCAAGCUUGCUAUUUGAUAGCAAAUUCUUUGUUUUUCUUCCGAGACAUCUUUACGGAUAAUGUUACCUGGAAAGUGGAAACUAUGUUAUACUAAUCAAGUUGAUUAAAAGGUAAACCUUUGGUGUUCAACAAAACCAUACCUAGCAAUUUGAGUUUGGUUCAGAUUAAAGAGUUUCAGAUCCGCUUAACAUGCUCCCUGAACCAUGUGUUGUGCGCCUCCACCAAUAAAUAUUUCCUCGGUCUAAAGUCCAAAAACAUAGUAUUAUUUUCUUCUUCUCAGAAUCCAAAACUGUUUGAUCCUGUUAAUUUCUUGUUUCAAGCUAAUUAGUUGAAC